UGUGUGAAAGUCACACAAUGUUCUAACUGUAUUUACGGCUCCUUUUCAUUAGGAAAACCUGUUUAAAAAGCAGCUCUCUCUUGCUACUGUCUGUCAGCCGCAGAUGUACCCUGCCACUUGUCUUUGUGAGGCUGUUGGUUGAAAAGAUCAAUACAGAUGCACUGCAGAGGCUUGUUUCAUUCGAUGUUUGCUCUCAACAGUUAGAUAUUGCUGAAGAGUGUGAUGGGUAGCCUCUAGUGAAGUUCUGUGUUCUGUUGCAGACACUUUCUUGGCUCUAAACUCUGUGAUUAAGGAUUAUUUGAGACCACUCAAAGCUCUGUUUAUAUCUCACUCCAUUCAUUCAGACAGUAUUUUAACAGCCUGUUGCUUGAACUUUUUAAUCAUAGAAGCUGGCCAGUUACAGUUUAAAGUGCCUGUCUUGUCUUGAUAAAUACGUCAACGGUCUAUUUAUUGGUAUUUCCAAGCGAGUGUUUGGGUGUUUGGGUGUGUGCGUGUGUGCGUGCUGCUGAUAUUGCAGGGUUUUGCAAACAGGCUGGCUGUCCUCCAAGAGGAGAGCGCGUCCUACACGGGGCUGGACCACGAGGGCUGAAACCACCUUACUGCCCCAAUCCGGACUCCCUCCUCCCAACCCAACCUGCCCCUUGCUCCUCAACCCGCCCAGCCCCACCACCAGUACCAGCACCCCUCCUCCACUCUCAGCUAAGUCACUCACACACACUCUCUUUUCUCUCUCCUGCUGUGUGCCAGUCCCUCUCUCCCCCUCCACUUCCUCAAAGUGGCCACAGCUCCUCUCUCUUCUCUUGUCCUCUUUACAUCCCUCCACCACUCUCUUUCUGACUCCAGCUGUGAGAGCAACCCGGCUCUGCCUGCUCGUCUUCACUUCUAAACGGAUCCCAGGCCGCUACUUUCCCAAACUUUCCCUAAAGAUUUUCAUUCCUGACCUUUCCUUUUUUUUGGGUCCUUCACCCUUCCCCUCCGGUGAGGCUGGUUGGUGUGUGUCUGGCGUGUGUGCAGCGGCGUGUGCGAGGGCUUUGGUGUCGUGCUCUUUGCCCUGAGGGACUCCCUAAAGGUUGUGACUGGAGGAGAGAAAAGUUCUUGACACGAUGAAAUUCCAGCUGUUGUUCCUGUUGGCCCUGACUGUCUCUUUCUGUGGCUUCACACAUGCAAGCCCAACAGCACUCCCUACAGAACUAAGUGUUUUGCCCACUGAGGCCGUACACGAAGAUGUGCCUGAUGUUACCGAGGCUCCCAAAGAGGAACUUACUGUAAUCACUGGUGCUCCUGACACAGAACCACCAGCGGCCACUGAAAAAGUCGUAACAGAAGAAGACGUAACAGAAGACGUGGUAACAGAAGAACCCUCGGUAGAAGUUGCCACAGAGGCGCUUCCCACUACUGUCAAUACUGAAGAGGCCGUCGCUGAGACUGCUGCUCCUGCUGCUCCUGCUACUGAAGCGCCAGCAGAACCCCAGGUUACUGACGCUCCUGUAGUGGAGACCAUAGCACCCGUUGUGCCAGAGGUCGAACCUGAGGCGACGGAAGCCACCGAGACAGAGUCGGGGGAACAGGUGGUCGUUGAAGAUGACACAGUGGAGGGCCUGAGUUCUGGUCAGGUAGUCGGCAUUGUGAUCGGCGCUCUGUUGGCAGUGAUCAUCGUCAUCGCUGUGGUGAUCGCAGUGGUGAGGAGGAUGGGAAAAUACUCCCCUUGAGGAAAAAGUCGGCCAAGCAGCAGGAGCGCCCAAAGUUCUGGAAAUUCUGAACUACUGAACUGUGACGUCAUUCGCGAUCAUUAAAACAAGCACGACACCAGAACUAAACUAAUCUAACCAGGACUCUGGACUGUUGCCAAAAAGAGAGGGGGAGGGAGGCUUGUGUGUGUUUAUGUAUGUACUGUAUGUAUGUGAGACGAGAGGGGUAACAUCCUCACCUCCCUCCCGCUACCUCCCUCUGUCCUCCCCUACUCCCUCGGAGAGAACAAAACACGGUGACGGCAGGAUGUCACAAAGAAUUUCAGGCCUUUUCAAAUGAAUUUUGUUAAAAGAAAAAAAAGAGAAAGGGGGAAGAAAGGUAGGGGAUUAUCUGACAUCUAGGGAUAAAAUCUUUCUUCUUUAAAGGGAGAUAUAUUUAGAUUUGCAUGGAAGUUUGAAAGGACAUAAAAAUGGAGAAUACUGACGAAACAAAAGGAAAUUAAAUAAGGUGGGAGCAGGAAAGAAAGCAGGAGCGACAAUUACAAAUUCCACAGGAUGUAUAUACAAUGCAAGGGGACUACAUAGUAUACAGCUAAUGACUUUCUCAUAUGUUGCAGUUGCAUAGGCGUAGCGUUUGAUAUUAUGGAAUACACAGUACAUACAGGCAGCCUUAGGCUAUUGUUGUGGCUAACAGACCUUUAAAGCACCCCUGAGCGAAACAUUUUCUCAUGUAGCCAGAAUCACUGAUAUGUUGGCCAACUGUAUGAAGCACCGUGUGCAGAAGUUGUUUCGACAUCACACACACUCAUGAGCUUUGAGGGCUACUGUAGCAUGGGGCUAACAGAAAAAAACAAAAGGCACCCUCAUUUGCAAGAGUAACGUGACAUUCUGCCCACUUUAACACUGACAUAAAAACCUAAUACAUAUCUGUGAAAUUUAGCAGAAGGGUUUGUGCCACUGUCUCUGGUAUUCUCUUGGUAGUUAGGGGGGGAUUUUAACUUUUGAAGUGCAUUAUUAAUGUGAAUUCACUGUACUUUUUAACUGCCACCCAUUCCACAAAGAACAGCUUUGAUGACUUUUGGCUUGUUCCUUAUAAAGGCUUACACACAGCCAGCAGUUAUUAGACAUAGUGAUAGCAUUGUCUUGGCCAAUGUAUUCAUAGUACUUUUGUUAAUAGUUAGUUUACCAGAACAGCCAUCCGGUCUUUUAAAUUUAGCUAACCCCAUAUUGCGUGCACAGGAUGACAUUUUAUAGUUGCACUUAGUUUUUAGUGCACAGUGUUAGGCAGUAAUGCCCUAUUUUGUUAUUUUUGCAAUUGUAAGUGUGCUAAAUGGGUGUACAAAUAAUGAAGUCUCAGCUUAGCUCCGCUUGCUUUACAAACUCGUUUAAUAUGUGCACUGAAUGAGUGAUGUAAUGUUUAAUGAAUAGGCUUUAGACACUGCAAAUGUUUGCAACGACACAUGUUUGUUUCCUCUCCUCUGCUUUGCCACAUAUCAGUUCUAGGUCUUUAAUUUGUGCCAUCUGAUUUGUUUGAACCCUUUUAUUUAAUUGCAGUGUUUUUUGUUCAUAC